CUCGUGACGAACGGACGCGCGGCCAAUGGCAUACGGGCAGCGCGACUCAAUCGGACCGCUUUUUGGGCUUCAUUUCGAUGCGACUCGAGCGGAAGCGGAAAUACGAAUGCGAAUGCGAAUGCCUACGAAUUGCCAAUGGCACGGCUGAAAUGUGUGCGUGCCGCGUGCGAUGAUCGUCGAGUAAAUAAAAUAUCCAGAAACGUGAUAAGGCCAAGUGAAAUCGAAGCUAAGCUGUAAAUCAUACAGUGUCAGCAAACCCAGAAAAAAAAUCAGUCGAGUGUGCUUUCUUUACCCCGAGAUUUGUGCCACUGCAUAGUAAAGCAAACAAAAGUGAUGCAGUCGCACAAAUAAAAUAAACACAUUUCAAAGCUCAAAGCAUGUGUGAACUCCGAAACAUGAAAAUAAUGCCGCACAGUGCUCGAAGCACAAAUUAAGCCAGCGGGAGUGGUGAAAACAAAUAGAAAAAAUCAACUUUAACCAACAUUUGAAGUGGCGGAACAGGAGGAUAAAACCACAACAUGACCCGCUUUCGCAUAAAAAACCUGAAAAUCCUCUCCUGCUGCCUCAGCCUGUGGGUGGUGCUCUUCGGUGGUGCCCUGCAUCUGGCGCAGGGCAGCGAGUUUCCCGAGCGCGAGUGCUGCGACCUCACCACCACCUCCACGGUGGGGCCUCUGCCCAUGCCGCCUGCCGCGCUGCCCACCGACAAAUCGCUGUCCUCGGCCACAACGGCCUUGGAAACGGAUCUGGCCAUCGGACGAUCUGGUUCCACCAUUAAGGGCGUCGUGGCCAUACUGAAUUGUAUCCUGGCACGUCAGCUAUGUUUCGAGGAUCCCUCAUGUUCGGCCAUAUUGGAAAUUAUACCGCGUGUCUGCGGGCCCAUACCAGUGUCCUGCAGCACGGUGACGGUGACCAAGUGCCAGGCUGCCCUCCGCACCCUGCAGGCCUUCCAGUUCUUCCGGCCCACCUGCCUGUGCAAGGAGCCCGGCAUGGAUCCCGACUGCAAUCACUUUCGAGACUUUCUCUUCGAUCACCCAUGCGGAUUCGUACUGAAGAAAGCCGAGAAGGAUCCUUAUCCCAUUGAUGCACUACCAACUUGCAACCAUGCUCUGUCCGUCUGUCAACAGGAACGCAAAUGCCUGAAGCUCUUCGAGGACUUCAAAACGCAUUGCAAAGUGCGCGACAACAAGUGCAAAAUGGAAAACAGGGACGCCUGCCACGAUUCCUGGACCAACCUUCGGCUGUCGCCCAUGUUCGGAUGCAUCUGCCCGAACAACCAUAUGAAAAAGCGCUGUGAUCGUAUCUUUAAUAUUGUUAAUCACAACCCGUGUGUGGAUAGACUAAUAUUUUUCCCCAACGGUCUGCCCAAAUUGAAGCAACCGAGACCGAAGGCAAAGCCGCGGCCCAAGUCGAAACCGAAACCCAAGCCGAGGCAAAGGCACCACGGCUCCAAUGGCACCGAGCUCAUGUCCAACAAUAUCGAGUACCACGACGAGCCCAACGGAAUGAACGAUCCGGAGGACGAGGGGGAUGGAACGCAGGACGAGGACCCCGAUGGCGACGUGGAGGAGAAUCAGGAUGAGGAUGAGGACGAGGAGGAGGACGACGAUUAUGAUGACCGCAUACGAGCCGAGAUUUAUUCGAAUUACCCGCACUACCUGCAUCCGCCGUCGUGGGGCAUCAACAAUCCCCUGGUCCUGGCCUCGCACAGCCCGCACACUUUGGACGACGACGACGACGUGGUGGUGGAGGUGGUGGUGGCCAACAAGAAGCCACCGCUGCAGCCGCUGGAGCACGACGUGGUGGUGGUGGUGGAUGCCGGGCCGCACUCCCACACCCAUCCGCACUCGCACACCUUCUACAGUCAUGGCGAUCAGGGUUCCACAACGGGAUCUGGAUUGGGCUCUGGCUCAGGUUCUGGACUUGCUGGCGCAGCACCCACUAUUCCCAGCCCACCUAACACUGGCACCAAAAUGCACAAAACAGCACCACUCGGCGAUUUAGUUGCCGGCAGCGAUAUAACCCACCGCACCUACACAGGCCCCUCGAUGGAUGAACGAGUAAGAAUAUUGGGCAUGGACGAGAAACUGCAUCAGAGAAUCUUCAAUGAUAAUUUGGCCCUAAUUGAUACGCCACUUAUAGCCAUGGGCACCGGCUCCGGUUCCGGCUCCGGCUCCACGGUCACCUCAUCCGGAUCCGUUUCCGGUUACGGCCUGGGAAUGGGCAUGGGCCUGGGAUCGGGCAUGGGCAGCUUUAACUAUCCGGGCUCGAUGCACGGCGUGCCCAGCUAUCCGUUCAAUAUUAGUGGCUUCCAUCAGCGACACAUGGCAGCGGCGGCUGCCGAUAAUGAACCAUUCGAUAUCAUUGAUACGGGCUUGGGCUACGGCGGAAACGGAAACGCCGGUGUUUACUACCAAAGUGGUCAGGAUGUCGAAGUUGACCUCUCAACGGAAAUAAUCAAGCAACACUUUCAGAGUACCUGUCACACGGCAUUGGACACUUGCCGGGAAGAUCCGUCCUGCUCAUCGUCCUUGCAGCCAAUGCUGACACACUGCGAGCUGCAUCGGUGCAAUCGCAACGCGUGCAUGUCCUCGUUGCAGGCCUUCUACAAGGGUCCCCACGAGGACCUCAAUCUGGACAUCGCCUUUUGUCUAUGCAAAAAAACAAGCAGUAACCAGCAGAACGGCAAUCGGCACGACAUGUGCAUGAUUGCACAGGAAAAACUGCAUCCAGUGUGCGCGCAGCGACCGCCCGAUAACAGCAAUCCGGCCAGCUCCAAUGGCAUUUACUACCAUCCACCGCCCGCCUGUCACGUGGUCGCCGAGAGCUGCAAGGAGGACCGCGAGUGCAGACUCAAGUUGGAGUAUUAUGAGCAGGCCUGUGCCGUGGACAGCGUGACCAAAAAGUGCGCCGGCAGACCGAGUGGCUGUCGUACGGCCAUGAUUGGCAUUCUGGGCACUAUGUUGAGGACGACCUGUGCCUGUCAGGGAACGGAUCCCCAGCACCUGUACCAGUGCGUGGGAUGGCGGCGCCUACUCUGGAUGAACCCCUGUGUGGUUGAGGCUCAAAAAGAUUUCCAUAUGAAGCGAUUGGCUGAGCUCGGUUUCCUUACAACCACAACAACGACGACCACCACGACGACGACAACAACGACGUCGACAACCACGCGUGCACCACCGCCCCCACCUCCGUCCACCACAACAACAACGUCGACGACCAGCCUGCAGCCAAGGCAGACGCCAAGGAAGCCGGCGACGCACAUCUUCAAGGACGUCACUGCGCCAAAGGAGAAAUCAGAGCCAACAUCGGUGGAACACAAUUAUCUCGAUCCGCCCGAUUCAAUACCGCUGCCCAGCGUAAAUGUCGAGAGUGGCGGAAAUGGCGGAAAUGACGAUUAUCACAACGGCAAUGGACACGGAAAUGGAAAUGGCAAUGGUAACGGCAACGGCAACGGCAAUGGCAGCAGACGUAAAAAUGGCGGAAAGGGACGUGGCGGCAAUGUAGAUUUCGAUGAUCCAGUAAUUUUCGUCGACCCAAGGGAAACAACAGAAUUUGUGGGCAUCAGCAUCACGGAGCCGGUAACCACAACAACCACAACAAUGGCCACCACGACAACAACACAGCCGCCAAGAAACUGUGUAGUCCAGCGACCACGCCAGUCGGAUCAACUUAUUCGAGAAGGCAGCAGCAAGCGGAUCUACUCCUUGGACGACGUCGAGUGCAGUGAGCUGUGCAGCUGCGGCGAGUCGCUCACCCUCACCUGUCACGCCCUCUGCGUGCCAUUCGCCCCAUGUCGCACCGCCCUGGCCUUCUACAGCCACGCCUCACCCGCCUACCAGGCGUUCCGCGGACGCUGUUUGUGCUACUCGGGCCGCUUCAUCUGCAUGAAGCCGCCGCUCGGGGAGUACAUUCUGCCAGGUGGGAUAUUCCUACUGCUGGGCUACAGUGCCGCCGACGAGGCUCUGCUGAGGCCCCACACCAACCUAGGGGUGCAGGAUGCCGUGCGAGCCCUGCAGCAGUACGUAACCACAUACAUCGAUAAUCAGACGCAGUGCACCCUAACCCUGUUUAAUAUGACCGAGGAGAACAUCAUCAUUGCUGCGCGUUUGCCGCACGACGGCAAACUAAAGGACAUUGAGCUGCUUCGUAAGGAGAAGGACGAGUGUACCGCGAUACUGAAGACCAUCAGUCAUCAAAUCAAUAGCGAGCACAGUGAGCUCCAAUCCCACCGACUGCUGAGCAUUUUCAAAAUGUCCGAAGUCGAGGUCGUAUGGCCGGAGAGCACCAGUGCGGCGGCCCGGAGUGGACACGGUCCGGGUCAGUUUGCCGGAUGCCAAUGCCACCGGCUGCUCUACGCGGCGAUGCUCGCCCUGGCAUAUCUCUCUAGCUGGACAACGCUGCGGAUGAGCGAUGUGGCGACAUGACAGCCGCAUAGCUGAAGGAUUAGAGCAAGGACAAUUGCAUAACUGUACGUAGUAGAUAUUUUAUGUGGAGCGAUAGCGAUAACUCUAAAUUAUAAAGAUAUGGAGCAUACUCUUAGGCGCCGCACAUGGCAUAUUGCAAAAUAUCAUAAUGUGUUGUAUACAUCUAGGGGCUAGUUCUGUAUUUAGCUGCGAUUUUUGUGAAGCUUUGUUGUUGACCUCUGGCGAUGUUGCUGUCUCUUUUGAUACCUACAUAUGUAAAGCAUUAUGGUAUAUACAAAACAUGUAGAGCAUACGCCUAGAAAACUUAUCUAGAUUUAUCUAUAAUUUAAAGUGAAAGGAAACUGCUGUCUACAUAAUAAUAUUAUUAGCAAAUAACAGAGACAAACUCGAUAGUUGGAUUUGAUGUGACGUGUAUAUAGAAGGCAUUCGUAUUAAGUACUAUCCGUAGCUAGUGUUUUAUACAGUAAACAAUACACACAACUCCUGUCUGUCCGUAUGUCCGUCUGUCCGUUCGUCAUUAUCGCACCCAAACGCACACAGCAUUCAACAAUUAACGCCCAUUGCUUCGCUCUUAUUGUUUGCUCUUUAAGCACUAUAAAGUUCUUGGCUGCCUCAAUUAAAAAGAAUUAUUAACCGCCUUUACAGUGUUUACUUUGUUAAAGGAUGUGAGUGCCUCUCCUGGAUAUGCCAGCUCUCUUUUGAUUUUUAAUUACAUUUUAAUGUGGUCUGGCCUCCGCAAUUUUCCUUCUGCUGGGCAAACAAAUAAUAGUCAGGCGUGCGAAUGAACUCAUUUAACACUCGCGUUCGCGGAUGAGCGUGCAAAACGAUAUUGUUAAUUUAUUUCAUAGUUUCAGUUUCGUUUGGAGGCGCGAAAACAAUUACGGUUUCAUUAUCAAUUAUGCGCUAUGCAUUUCGAUUGUUGCCACAAUUUCAGCGGGCCGAGAGCCUCGACCUCGCCUCGUUUCAACAGGUUUCAUUGCUUGCCCCAGAAUCCUGAUUACCUCUUCAGUUUGCUGUACAUACUCUUAACAACUUGAACUCAAUUUACGUAAUUAAUACUAACAGUACAUAUCAAUAUGAACACCUAAACGAGUUUUACACAGAAACGAAAUUCUUACAAUGUCCCUCGAUUGCUCGAAUCUUUUGUACAUAGUUCUUUAUAUGAAAACUAUACAUAGUAUUUACAACGAUAUACAAAAAACACGCCUAAGUCAACCUUAUAAACUAUUUGUGACUACUUGAUUCCCUUGAAAAAUGCUUAAAAGAACUGUAAAUUUAACCAAACUUCAGUUGAGCCUUAAAUAAAGUAUGUAAAAAAGAGGAAAAAUUGCUAUUGUAAAUAAAUAAGUAACAACACCUGAGUGAAUGGAACAUCUAUGAAUAUUAUUAAUUGAGUGUUUGACAUAUAGACACACGCACUACUCACUUUAAGUCUAAGCUUGACCAUUUGAACUUGUAGCGGUGUGAAAUGUGCGGAUAUUAAAAAUGGUCACAAUCAUGAAAAAAUGUCUUCCUUAAUGCAUAUACUUGGCGAUAUGUAUCAUGUUUAUACACAUAUAUAUAUAUACACAUACUAACCUAUACGAUAUCUGGCAAGUCCCUAGCCUGCGCUUCAGUUAGACAAAGAAUAAUGUAAUAUAGACACCAAGGGCUAAACCAUAUCACUAUCGAAUAUCCUUGCAAGUUAUAACACUGUUGACACAAAAAAAUACUAACCGCAGCAUAUCUAAGUUAAAUAUGCCCCUAAAUAAAUAUAUAUUUAAAAAUAUAAUGAAAUAUACAUAUGCGUAAAGUUAUGAACGUUAGAAAGCAUUGAAAACUACUUUAAUAGUCUCUAGAGAAAGCAACGCUUUAACCUAAAACUAAAGGCAGCAACAGCAGAAAAGUGUAAAGUUUAUUGGAAACCUGCUUAAAAUAAAAAAAUCUAGCUAAAUAUUAGACGAAUUUAAGGCAAUAAACUUACUAAAGGAAUAGAGCAAAUUAGUAGAAUUGUUGGGGCAUUGGAUUUUAGUUCAUUUGCUAUCCUAUCCAUAUCGUUUAAUGGCCAACGAAAGCAAUAACCAAGUCGUUAUAGUUUUGGAGCAUAUCAGUGGCAGGUCGAGUGUAUUGUUUCAUCUCAUCCCCUCACUUUUAGGGUGCGGACAAAGCGUAGCUACAAUGUAAAGUACCGUUAAAGAAAAAAGAUAAAUGAAAAGUGAAAAAUGAAAAAUGAUAAAUGAAGAACAAGAAGUAAAGGAAGAAAGGAAACUACAAAACAGUCGCAUUAAUGUAAAAAGAAACAAAAUGCAAAAGGAGAACUAGCACUCAAAUGGCAAUCUAAAGCAUGGAGUAGGGCGAAUUCGAAAGGCAUCGUAAUAAACCUUAAACACAGGAAAUACUUUAAAAAUUAUGCAUGAGGAAUACGAGAGCCACACUUUAAGUUUAACACUGUAAGUUGAAACCUUAAAAGUAAAUGAUCUAUAUAUACGAUAUGUUAGGAAUGCAGACGAGUGUGUGUUUGUAAGUUACUGGGCUUUAUGCUAGCGUAUACAAACCAAUUGAGGUGCAUGGAUAAAGAUAGAUUUAAUUAUGAAAUUUGGAGUAAUGCAAUGCGAAUGGAAACCAAGCGAUACGUCGUGGCAUAUUUGUAAUAAAUAACAAUGUAAGUGAAACAAAAAAAAGCAAAAAAUAAAUAAAACCACAAAGUAUAGAAAAUAAAUAAUGG